AUGAGAAAUGUCGAAUUUGACCUGCCACCAAGCUGUUGCAUCCUGGACAAGUUCAUAAACUUUGCCUACCACCAUCCUUUGAGACUGGGCAACACUGAAGGCUUUGGAGAUCUCAAAAAAAUCGUGAGCUACCAGUUUGCUCGUUUUCUGUCGACGCUGAGUGUUUUUGGAGACAACAAAGCACUGAUGCCUCCUUGGACCUUGCAACUGUCACUUAAAAUUCAGCUCCAAUUUACAGGACCUGACAUCUUCAGUGCGAUGGCGUGGAAUACGGAUGCUAUUUACAGAUACAGAGUGAUGAUCCUGGUGAACUUUGCUGCUUUUCAGCCCGUCUGUCUGUCUGAAUUUAACAUAUUAGUAUACGAGUACAUUAUUCAAGAUGUGGAUCUGGAAAAAUUCAAGAAGCUGGCGUACAUCAACCUGAAAGCGGUGUUGCAGUCCCUCUCGGUCAGAGUGGAAGUCAGUCAUGUAUAG